AUGGCGGAACAUGAUUUGGACUCAAAUUUUAUACCAGCACUACACAAGCCUCCAGCGCUGCUGCCUAUUGCCAAGCACAAAGAAAGCCUGCUGUACACAAUAGAGACGUACCCGGUGACGAUAGUCAUUGGCCAAACCGGAUCUGGAAAGACAACACAAAUACCCCAAUUUCUGGAAAAGGCAGGGUGGUGCAAUAGUGGUAGGAUUAUUGGCGUGACGCAGCCAAGACGCGUCGCAGCUACAACAGUUGCUUUGCGCGUCGCAGAUGAGGUCGGAUGUGAGGUUGGCAAAGAAGUGGGAUAUUCGAUACGCUUCGAGGAUGUGACGUCCGAGUCGACGCGUAUCAAGUUUCUCACCGACGGCCUCCUCAUCCGCGAAGCGCUGGUUGACCCGCUUUUAAGCAGAUACUCUGUCAUCAUGGUCGACGAAGCCCAUGAACGAUCAAUCAGCACAGAUGUUUUACUUGGGCUCUUGAAAAAGAUUCGAAGGAAGCGCCCAGAGCUGCGCAUUAUCAUCAGCAGUGCGACGCUAGAGGCGGAGGCGUUCCUGAGAUUCUUCACGUCAAGCAGCGAAGCUCCCACAGAUGCCGACGAAAACGACACAAGCAAAGUAGGAACAGUGGUCAGCUUGGAAGGGCGCACAUUUCCGAUUGACUUGAUGUACCUGGAAGCACCGGCCGAAAGCUAUGUCGAAAAGGCCAUUUCCACAGUCGUCGACAUACACACCCAAGAGGGUGAAGGCGACAUCUUAGUAUUCAUGACUGGACGAGAAGAGAUCGACUUUGCAGUGCAGACGAUUUCAGAGCGCGCGCCAGAGCUCGAGGCCAAGUACGGUCCUCUUCAGCCCAUGCCACUCUAUGCAGGUCUGACUUCAGAGGAGCAAAUGUACGUAUUUGACAAGCCUCCUGAGGGGGCAAGAAAGGUAGUGUUUUCUACAAACAUUGCCGAAGCGUCAGUAACCAUCGAAGGCAUUGUCUUUGUUGUCGACACGGGCUACGUCAAGUUACGUGCAUACAAUCCCAAGACGGGCAUCGAGUCCCUGACUGCUGCACCCAUCUCCAAGGCAUCUGCUGCACAGCGCGCAGGGCGUGCCGGCCGAACGAGGCCGGGCAAAUGCUUCCGUUUAUACACGGAGCAAGGCUACAAUGGACUCGCGCAGAGCAACCCGCCCGAGAUUCAACGAUCAAACUUGGCUCCAACAGUACUUCAGCUCAAGGCCCUCGGUAUCGAUAACAUUGUCCGGUUCGACUUUCUAUCGCCGCCACCGUCUCAGCUUGUCGGAAAGGCCCUUGAGCUGCUGUAUUCGCUCGGCGCACUCGAUGAAUACGCCAAGCUCACACGGCCGCUGGGCAUGCGCAUGGCGGAGCUAGCCGUUGAGCCCAUGAUGGCCAAGACACUGCUGUCCGCGCCAUCGUUUGGCUGCCUGAGCGAGAUGCUCACCAUUGCGGCCAUGACAAGCCUGGGCAGUAGCGUAUGGUUCUACCACGAAGGCGAGCGCAAGAAGAUGGAGAGCGCGCGACGCAAGUUCGCCGCCGAGGAGGGCGACCACCUCACGCUGCUCAAUGCCUACCAGGCCUUUAUCACGCGCGGCAAGAAGGAGGCCAAGUUUUGCCACGCUAACCACCUCAACUUCCGGGCUAUGACGCGUGCCGUGAGCAUCCGCGCGCAGCUCAAGCGGUACCUGGAGCGGUUCAACAUUGUCGUCGACGAGACACUAUCACGACCUCCGCCGCAGCAGCAAGAGGACAGCAGAACUGGCAAGGCCGAGGCCAUCUUGAGGUGUCUGGCGGCGGGCUACUUUGCGCACGCGGCGCGGAUGCAGGCGGACGGCACGUUUCGCAACGUCGAGGGUGGCACGGUGCUCCAUGCGCACCCGAGCUCGUUGCUCUUUGGACGCAAGGCGGACUGGGUCGUCUUUCACGAGGUCAUGGAGACAAACGACAAAACAUACAUACGGGAAGUGAGCAAGACGGAAAAGGGCUGGCUGCUGGAGUAUGCGCCGGAAUUCUACCAAGUGACAAGUACACGGGGAGAGCAGUAG